CAUAAAGGUCAAAACGAUUUGAAUACAUUAAAUGCGCCAAUUUGAAACAACUUUGAAGACAACGAUAAAAGAAGCCUCGACUGCGCAAGCGCCGCGCUGUGUAGAGACUUAUGAGCGCCCAAAAUGGAAACAUGGAAUGUCAGCAAACAAUUACGAAAAACUGAAAAGCAAUUACAACAGAAGCGGUAAAAACCAAGUCAGCGUAGAGAGUAUCAAAAACAACAACGGACGACUGGGCUGGGAAAAGGAACGGGAAACGAAAUUAAAAUUUGGAAAAGUUCAACUAAGCCUUUGGAAACCGAAUAUAGAAGAGGCGUAAACGUGCACAAAUUCUCUCCACCCCAAAAUUAAAUGCCAAAAUGCCAAAGCGAUUUACAACCACACUAUUUGAGUUACUCAUUUUUGGACUGUUUGCACAAGUUUUUGCAGGCGUCUUGUCACCCGCACAAAUAUUGCGGCAACCAACACAGCCAGCAUUCGAUGACGCGGUGGAGAAUUCAAAGACCGUCACCGCCAGUGACCGUGACAUUGCCGCCGUGGUGGCAGCGACAACAACCGAUCGGGGCGCCAGCUAUAGCGACGAUCAAAUCAAAUUGAAACUAAAGUCAGUAGAAGGUAUCGCCGCCAAUGCAAACACAGCUGACGCGGGCGGUGAAAGUGAAAGCAAGCGAGUGGAAAAAAGCACAAAGUUAUUACCUGCAUUGGGUAAUAAUCACACAAGUGCAGGUGAGCACAAGUCAAGCGAAAAGUUAAUACUGAAUCGGGUGGAAAGUCAUGAGACGGACAGUGCGAGUGGGCAAGAAGAAGCCAAAACGGUUGAGGGUAAAAGAGAGGAAGAGGAGGAGGAGGAGGAGAGGGAGAGGGAAAGUCAGGAUGAACGCGAUUCAGAGGAGGCGGCGAAUAAGCAUUUGGGCGCAAACAAUGCUGGUGCAGAACAGCAAAUAGUGAGCAACAAGUAUAUAGGUGGCGUCUUUAGUCAAGCGGAUGAGACGGCAGAAAAGUCGCAGACCCGCGAGACCUUAAAAACGCAUGUCAACAACGGUUUGGAUGAAUUGGCGCUACGACUUAAUAAUGAAAAGACAAAAAGGAAUGAAUUUACGGAGGUCAAAGAUGAGCCGCCAGCAACAACCGAGGGUAUCUUAAAAGAUGUAGAAGAUGUAGCGGUGAAGGUUAGCAAAGCAACAACUGAUCGUCCGAUCACAAGUGAAGAUCGUACUGAGGAUGCUGGAAAAAGCUUGGCGAGUGUAGCGGAAAGCGGACACAAAGCAGAGAGUUUAGAUGAAGCCAGCGAAACAAUGGGCCGUUCAAUGGAUGCAGUACAGAGUAGCGAAAAUAAGUUAGAAGCAGCUUUUGGGGAGAAGGCGCUCAGCGAAGAAAUGCGAGGAAAGGAAAUUAUGGUUACAUCCAUGCCAAAACCAAUAUUAGCAACUAAAAGUGGCACUGAAGAAACUGUAAGCUCACUUGGAAAAGGGGAGAAUACCGGCAUGGAUUUGGAAGCAACAACCAAACCGGACCAGCCAACUCAAAAUAAACACCAAAUAAAUCAAACCGAAACAGAUGUCCCCGCGCAGCAGCAGCUACUGCAGCAAAAGGCGCAAGCAGCCGAAAUAGACCUGCAGCAGCAGCCACGUUCAAGCGCAGCUGUCACGAUCGAGGCUGAAACUGAUACGAUAACAACAACAGCAGCCGAAGAGAUGAUGCACACGCAAGAAGAAGUUGCCAAUCAGUCGCAUAUUAGCAGCACUUCCUCAGCCGAGAAGCGGGGCAAAUUCAUCAGCGGCAAUUCGACAAAUUCGCGAAAUAUGAAUUUGCCUGACGCGCCGGAGGUUUGGUCCCUCGCAGGUAUGAGAAUGGUGCCCAAAGUAAUGCAUAACAACGGCACGUCCACGCAGGUCACCGAGGAGAGCAGAAGCAGUGCGGAUUCUCGUUGGCAACUAAAUGAAAUCGUAACCACUGAGCGCACGCCGAAUGUCAGCAGUUACAGUGAGAAAAAUUUGUUAGACUGGACGAAAGUAAUGGGAAUGCGCGGCGAGUUGGAAACACACGACGCCGUGGAAAGAAAUCACAUAACAGAGGGAACGUUGGAAGAGGAUGGAAUAGAGACAGGGAAGGAGCCAAAGACAGACGUGCCCUUGCAGGCGCUGCUAGAGAAUUGGCGAACUGAGGGACCUUCUCAGAUCGAGCACAGUACCAAAAACAAUGAGUCCACAUUCCUACAGACUACCGAAGGCAACGCCAAGUUGAAUGUAAGCGAAAAAUCCACCGUCCCAUAUGUGAUGAAUGAAAUUGAUACACUUCAAACCGUAGCAGCAACAACAACAACAAUAGCACCUACUGGUUUAACCAACACACAAACGCCAUUAACAAAUGACUCCCCCUUAUCAAUUGAUAAGAAUAAUAAGCAUGCGGAUUUUAUAGCCACCAUUGUGGCAGCUGACGUUGGAGAGUCGCUGAAUAAUUCAUUGUUGUCGUCGACUGCGUCCACUGAAUCACCCACGCAGCGUCAGAGCGCUGACCCAACAGCUGUAGGAAAUUUGAGCGCAGUUGUGGAGAGCAACACACAACAGCAGGCAAGCGAUGAUUUCAAUUUCAUUGUUAUGUCAACGACGCCAGUGGCAGUGGUGGGGAAGGAAAACGACACAGCGGCAGCUAACGUAAAAACAUCGGCAAUAACAACAACGGCUGCGUCGCUCCCAGUUGAGCAGUCAACCUCGACGACAUCACCCUCCCACAGCGACGCGUUGGCAACACCAAAGCUUUGGGCAAAUGCAACGGCACUGGAGACGCAACGCGUCUUGUCACCCGCACAAAUAUUGCGGCAACCAACACAGCCAUCAUUCGAUGACGCGGUGGAGAAUUCAAAGGCCGUCACCGCCAGUGACCGUGACAUUGCCGCCGUGGUGGCAGCGACAGCCACCGAUCGGGGCGCCAGCUAUAGCGACGAUCAAAUCAAAUUGAAACUAAAGUCAGUAGAAGUUAUCGCCGCCAAUGCAAACACAGCUGACGCGAGCGGUGAAAGUGAAAGCAAGCGAGUGGAAAAAAGCACAAAGUUAUUACCUGCAUUGGGUAAUAAUCACACAAGUGCAGGUGAGCACAAGUCAAGCGAAAAGUUAAUACUGAAUCGGGUGGAAAGUCAUGAGACGGACAGUGCGAGUGGGCAAGAAGAAGCCAAAACGGUUGAGGGUAAAAGAGAGGAAGAGGAGGAGGAGAGGGAGAGGGAAAGUCAGGAUGAACGCGAUUCAGAGGAGGCGGCGAAUAAGCAUUUGGGCGCAAACAAUGCUGUUGCAGAACAGCAAAUAGUGAGCAACAAGCAUAUAGGUGGCGUCUUUAGUCAAGCGGAUGAGACGGCAGAAAAGUCGCGGACCCGCGAGACCUUAAAAACGCAUGUCAACAACGGUUUGGAUGAAUUGGCGCUACGACUUAAUAAUGAAAAGACAAAAAGGAAUGAAUUUACGGAGGUCAAAGAUGAGCCGCCAGCAACAACCGAGGGUAUCUUAAAAGAUGUAGAAGAUGUAGCGGUGAAGGUUAGCAAAGCAACAACUGAUCGUCCGAUCACAAGUGAAGAUCGUACUGAGGAUGCUGGAAAAAGCUUGGCGAGUGUAGCGGAAAGCGGACACAAAGCAGAGAGUUUAGAUGAAGCCAGCGAAACAAUGGGCCGUUCAAUGGAUGCAGUACAGAGUAGCGAAAAUAAGUUAGAAGCAGCUUUUGGGGAGAAGGCGCUCAGCGAAGAAAUGCGAGGAAAGGAAAUUAUGGUUACAUCCAUGCCAAAACCAAUAUUAGCAACUAAAAGUGGCACUGAAGAAACUGUAAGCUCACUUGGAAAAGGGGAGAAUACCGGCAUGGAUUUGGAAGCAACAACCAAACCGGACCAGCCAACUCAAAAUAAACACCAAAUAAAUCAAACCGAAACAGAUGUCCCCGCGCAGCAGCAGCUACUGCAGCAAAAGGCGCAAGCAGCCGAAAUACACCUGCAGCAGCAGCCACGUUCAAGCGCAGCUGUCACGAUCGAGGCUGAAACUGAUACGAUAACAACAACAGCAGCCGAAGAGAUGAUGCACACGCAAGAAGAAGUUGCCAAUCAGUCGCAUAUUAGCAGCACUUCCUCAGCCGAGAAGCGGGGCAAAUUCAUCAGCGGCAAUUCGACAAAUUCGCGAAAUAUGAAUUUGCCUGACGCGCCGGAGGUUUGGUCCCUCGCAGGUAUGAGAAUGGUGCCCAAAGUAAUGCAUAACAACGGCACGUCCACGCAGGUCACCGAGGAGAGCAGAAGCAGUGCGGAUUCUCGUUGGCAACUAAAUGAAAUCGUAACCACUGAGCGCACGCCGAAUGUCAGCAGUUACAGUGAGAAAAAUUUGUUAGACUGGACGAAAGUAAUGGGAAUGCGCGGCGAGUUGGAAACACACGACGCCGUGGAAAGAAAUCACAUAACAGAGGGAACGUUGGAAGAGGAUGGAAUAGAGACAGGGAAGGAGCCAAAGACAGACGUGCCCUUGCAGGCGCUGCUAGAGAAUUGGCGAACUGAGGGACCUUCUCAGAUCGAGCACAGUACCAAAAACAAUGAGUCCACAUUCCUACAGACUACCGAAGGCAACGCCAAGUUGAAUGUAAGCGAAAAAUCCACCGUCCCAUAUGUGAUGAAUGAAAUUGAUACACUUCAAACCGUAGCAGCAACAACAACAACAAUAGCACCUACUGGUUUAACCAACACACAAACGCCAUUAACAAAUGACUCCCCCUUAUCAAUUGAUAAGAAUAAUAAGCAUGCGGAUUUUAUAGCCACCAUUGUGGCAGCUGACGUUGGAGAGUCGCUGAAUAAUUCAUUGUUGUCGUCGACUGCGUCCACUGAAUCACCCACGCAGCGUCAGAGCGCUGACCCAACAGCUGUAGGAAAUUUGAGCGCAGUUGUGGAGAGCAACACACAACAGCAGGCAAGCGAUGAUUUCAAUUUCAUUGUUACGUCAACGACGCCAGUGGCAGUGGUGGGGAAGGAAAACGACACAGCGGCAGCUAACGUAAAAACAUCGGCAAUAACAACAACGGCUGCGUCGCUCCCAGUUGAGCAGUCAACCUCGACGACAUCACCCUCCCACAGCGACGCGUUGGCAACACCAAAGCUUUGGGCAAAUGCAACGGCACUGGAGACGCAACCUGCGACGACACUAGCUACGCUGCUGAGCAACGUUAACGCGGGCGUCAACGCUACAGAACAGAAAGUCGUUGUCAGCAGCAAAGCCAACAGCAAUGACAGCAGCAUACACGACGUUACACUUGAACAGCAGGCGAGCCCAGAACACGAAACGCUAAGCAACGAGACCGAAACAGGGACUGAGACUGAGGAGCAAACGCCAUUGCUUACAGUUAGUGAGCUACCGUCUAGCGAAACGCACGGCUCGACAAGUGCAGGCGAGCAAAAAUCGAACGCGAACGUGAAUGCAAACGCGAGUGCGACCGUGGAAACGGGUGCGGGCAUUUGGACGCAAAACCAAACGCCAAAUGUUGCCACGGAAACUACCACAGAAAGUAGUAACAUUGCAACAACGAGCACAAUUAAUUUUUUAAACAACACCACUACGACAUUGUCAACCGAUUUGGUGGAAACAAAUGCCAGUGCAAAACCAAGUGAAGUGCCCACACUGACAGUAACCGAAAGAGCAACAGCGGCGGUAACAACAACGGAAGUUGGCCAAAUUGGUAAUGAAGUGGAAUUAGAAGCACGCACUGUGCGCAUUUCUGUCGCAGCGGAGGGACAAACUGACGCACCGACAGCGACUUUGAAUACCGAUACAGGUUCAAGUACAAUCGAAGUGGUGGAAGAGACGGCGACGGCGAUUGAUGAGGCUAGCGCAACCGCAACAACUGUGUCGUCCAUAAAUGAGUUAUUAAUGCCAGUGAACGUAACAACGACCAUUCCAACAACAAAUACAACAUCAGUGCCAAUUACGACGACACCAACGCGCGCAGCAGUGGAACCAGUUCUAUAUGAGGCAACAACCCUUAAAAGCGACGAAAGCGUAAACGACGAAACAACAACGACCACAUCAAACCCAUUGGAAACAAUAACAGUGCAGGCAACUGGGUCAGUGCACGCUAAUAGCGCUGCCACCACUACGGCAACGCCUGUCGAUUUUCGAAAUCACACAGCUGAGGCGGCGGUGGAAGGUGCACAUGACACAGAAAGCUCAAUCGAAACGAAUGUCAUCGAUCAGCUGGACAAGACGACAGCGAAAAUAAGUGAGACAAGCGCUAAGCAGCCAACAAAUAGCACUGAAAGUAGCGUAGCGCCAGCAAUAUCGACAACUGAAGUGGCGUUCGCUAAGGAGAACGCUGGACUAAAAGGUGAGGCUGAUGCUUCGCAGACUGUGACUAUUUCCGGUACGAGUAAUGAAACAUUGUUACCCGGCAUGCAGGACGCAGACAGAACAACAACAUCCACUACAACUACUACCGACACCUCCGCCACUACAACCACCACAAUGGCUAAUAUACCCUUGAGCACGAAUAGCACACCUGUAUGGCUGGCUCCAGAGUAUAGUAAUUCUUCGACCAGCGACACAACAACCACCGAGCCGCCGCUCAUCAACCUGCUUGACGAUUCGUCGACACCAAGAACAACGACGCCAAUAGCUAUACCCAAUCAGUCGACAGCAACUACCUCCAGUAUUGGCGUCAAGCCACAAGAAGUCUACACGGUAUUCUCCACCACCGAGGGCACCACCACCACCGUCAGCACCAGCACUGCCGCCAUUGCUCCUUUAGUGCCAAUGUUAAGCUCGACCACCGCGGCUGAUGCGCCUUUGGAAACUUCUACAUCCACAUACAUGCCCGCAGUUGUCACCAGUACCAUUGCCACGGCAACAACAACAACAACAAUUCUUCCUCCCACGCUGCAUGCCGCUAUCGGCGAAGGUGCUAGCAUCGGCGGCGGAGGCGGUGCGCCCACUCAUCUGCCUGACAUGAUCAAUGCCGGCAUGCGUCCGAAUCCCAGCGAUGCCAACGAGACAGACGUGAAUGUCAUCAUCGCCAUUACGGUUAGCAUUAUUGGUGUGGUGGCGCUCAUAUUGCUCGUCGCUUUCCUCUACCUAAUGCGCAAGCGUCAGAAACAGAUGUCCUAUGGUCAACGUUGCCGGCCGGUGAGUUUGGAUGCCUACAGUUUGGAUAAUGUCUCUGUGUUGGGUAGUGUGCGGCGGAAAGGUGCUUCACGCGCUUCAAAACGCUCCUACGGCAAUAUUGCCUUCGAUGAUCCAUCGUUGCGGCACAAUGCGCUCACCGCCGCUGAGUUGGCCAAAUUUGUAGAGCGUCGGUCGAGUAUUUUCGAGGAAUUCAGGGAUGUGCCGCAAAUUAUUGCGCGUGCAGAUGAAGUACCGCCAGGCUGUGAAGAUAAGAAUCGAUAUGCCAAUGUAAUACCGCUUCCUGAGACGCGUGUCGUACUACAGCAGCUUGGAGACGACGAUAAAACGGAAUAUAUCAAUGCCAAUUAUGUCAGGGUAAGUACGAAAAUAAUAACAAUAAAGUGCAUACAUAUGUAUAUGUACAUACACACAUAUAUGUGUAAAUAUGUAAUAUACAUAGAAAGGCCCUAUCUAACAUUUUUGUUUUAUUUUUUAUUCGGUAAAUAGUUAUAAACUUUA